AGAAACGCCUCACGUCCCAAAUGUCACACGACCUCACUAUAUAGCGUGCUAAAGUAGUGUGCUUAUUAAUGGUGCUGAGGCGCCACGGCCUUCUAUUAUAGCUUCCGGGUUAGUGUGCGGUUUGGGACGCUUCCCUUUUUGUAAGAAGUUGACGACGCUGCUGUGGAAAGUUGGCGUUGAGUGUAUUUCGAUCCUUCCGCCGUCAGGGGAAGCGGAUCUGAGGACGAUGUGGGCCGAGCAGAAGCGAGGGAUCCACGUCACGCAGGCUGAGCUGCUCUGCAAAGACGGCUGUGGGUUUUACGGCAACCCGGCCUGGCAGGGAUAUUGUUCCAAAUGCUGGAGAAAGAGGACACGCACGACUGAAACCAGCAAAGAGGAUCAUGGGCUCCAGGAUGAAGGAAGUUCCCAGCUUAACUUAUUUAAAACCGAGGAGAAGAAAAAUGCGGAGAAGGGUAGAAGGUCCAGCACUAUUAUGCGACUUUUCUGGGGGAGUUCUUCACCACCACGGCAAGAGUCACCUGAAGGCCAGGAAGCAGCCCUGAAGGCCUUUCAGAGCCUGGAGCCUGGCGAUUUCCCCGGCUUUCUCAAACUGCUGCGCAAACCGUCCUCACAGCGUCUGCAGUCCCGCUGCACAGCCUUCCUCAACACCAUCGACGCUUACCACGACCUGCCUGUACAGAAGCAGUCAGACCUGGUGCAGGAUUUCUAUCAGAAUAUUACUGUUCACUUCAGUGGUCUGCCCGAGCCGCAGGUUUCUCACAUGAUGGAACAUGUCGAGAAGUUGAUCAUGACUCGUCUCCACAAGUGGGUCUUCUGCCACGACAGCUGUGAUGACGAACAGAAGGAUCUAACACUCCAGAGAAGGAUCAAGUCGUUGAACUGGGUCACUCCUGAGAUGCUGCGUGUGCCUUUUCCGCAGGGUGGCUCAGACACCAGUGACCCGUAUUUACCUGCAAUUACAGCCAUCAUCGAGAUGGACGCCAAGCGUGCACCUCAGGAUAAACUGGCCUGUUUGUCCAAGUGUAGCCAGCAUGUUUUCCAAGCGCUCGCCUCUGAGAACAGGCAGCCGGCGAAUGCGGACGACUUCCUGUCUGGUCUGAUUUACGUCGUGCUGAGAGCCAACCCGCCCCGUUUGCACUCCAACAUAAACUACAUUGUCCGCUUCGGCCUGCCGCACAGCCUGAUGGCAGGAGAGAGCGGCUACUACUUUACAAACCUGUCGUGCACCGUUGCCUUCAUCGAGAAGCUGGACGGCCCAGCUCUGAACCUCACCCCGGAGGAGUUCAACAGUUGCAUGCAAGGCCGACGAGCGCCUUCCGGGCCAGCAGAGCGGGCCGGGCAGAAGAGAGCCCAGGAAAACCGCGAGCAGCUGGAACAACUGAAGAACCGACAGGAGAAAAUCGACCAAGGCGCGCGCGCUCUUCAGGAACAGCUGGAUUUGUGGGUGCGUUCUGUGCAGGACCAGAUCGACGAAGUCAGGGCUCAGUCAGUGUUGGUCCUGAAAGACGAUGUAGCUGAAGUGCCGCCUGGAGAGACUGUGUGCUGACUGGUUGUCAUUUAAGAGGUUUCCGGUUUGUUUAGUCAGUGUGCUGAAUCUGCACUAUUGGGUUUUUUUCUUAAAAAACCACAAGAAUGCAGAUAAGAAGAAUUUAAACAGAAAAGGAUGGUACAAAAUCUUUUAGCUUCUGUUACUUUGCACUGGUGCUGCAAUCCAGAAUUAAAAAAUUUAUUAGCACUGUUUUUUGCAUUUAUGCCUUAUGUACAGAGUGAAGGACCAGCCCCCCCUCCCCCCACGCAUUCAAACUGUAUUGCUACACAUUGUGAUUGCGGUAUGCCCUUCAGUACAUGUAAACUCAUCGGUGAACACGGGAUUUGUCAGGGUUAAAGACGCUGGCCUGCGUCGAUUUGGACAAAAUAAUUUUUUUUCUUCUCUUGAUACAGGAUGCAGUAUGAAAAAUCUUUCAUACUUUUGCAAUAUCAGUAUUACAACUAACAACUGAUAUGUUGUGCACUAAUGAUUUAAGACCAAUGUUUCCUGAUGGUUUUUAUUUAUUUAUUCCCCCCCCCAUAAUAUCUUGUAUUAUAAGUCAGCUCUCUUCUGUAGUUCCUUCAGAGGGUCUCGGGUUUCGUUUAUAAGACCUGGCUUGUUUGCGAUCAUCGUGCUACCUUCAUCAGUGUGGUUUUUAGCUACAGUUUAAAGCUGCUCGUCAGUUCGUUUAUACACAUGUACACAGCUACGAGGAAGAUCGUGACGACAAGCGAACGUCAUCUCAGUGUUGACUGCAGUUCAUGAGCCUUAGGCUAUGCUGAAUAUAACACUAAAACCUUGGCGCUGUAACACUCUCUUAAAAUCUCCAUACGUCAUCCGCUAAACACUGGUUUAAGGCGUUUGCUGGAAGGCAUAGCCUGAAAUCACUCUGGAAAACUAUGCAAAUAAACGUUUAGAUGUUACAAUCUGGGUGAAGAUGCCACCUGGGGUUCUGUGUUAACUGUAUUCUGUAGCACUGGUGGAUUUAUUCACUGUUUUUGAAGCACAGUACUACUACAAAAUGUUCUUCUGGCAAACUAAUAUCUAAAGCUCUUGAUAAGUAGGUAUGUGUGAGGACCUGUUAUGGAGCUCUUGACAAAAUAUACUUUGUUUUCUGAAUGGUUCCGAAUGAGCAGUGUAUGUUCAGUGAAGUACGAUGAAGUCUGUGUAAUUAAUGAACCAUGAAGCUGUUUUGUGCUGUUCUUUUUCCACUCUGGAAUGAAACUGGUUAUUUAAAAUGAAGUCUUUGAAAAUAUUUCUUUUUUAAAAGAAUGUAAAUGAAAUGUGAAAAUUAAAGUUAUUGAAAUGUGAAAUUCAAUCUAAUAAAAGUACUUCAACAGA